AUGCACGCGUUUUUUCAAGGUCUCGGAAUGGGAAUGCCGAGCUACGCGGGACGAUUCGAUGUCAAUUUUGCGGCCUAUGGUGCCGUGUUUUUGGAGACGGCCACGCAGGAGAAAACCGAAGAGAUCGACAAUGGCGGAAAAAUUUUGCUGCCGACGUCGGCUCUUGACAUGCUCCUUCGAAUGAAUAUCCAAUAUCCGAUGCUUUUCAAGUUGACGAAUCCGCGCCACUCGCGCGUCACUCAUGCCGGCGUGUUGGAGUUUUCGGCGCCCGAAGGACAAGCGAUAAUCCCACACUGGAUGAUGAUCCAAUUGGGACUCGACGACGGCGAAACCGUUCACAUCGAGACGGCCACACUUCAGAAGGCGACGUUCGCGAAACUCAAGCCGAUGACACUCGAAUUUUUGAACAUCACCAAUCCGAAAGCUUUUCUUGAAGUCGAAUUGAGGAAAUAUGCGUGUUUGACGAAAGGCGAUCGAAUUCCGACAUCGUACGCCGGCCAAACGGUGGAGUUUCUCGUUGUCGACGUGAAGCCGGCGAACGCGGUGUGCAUCAUCGAGUGCGAUCUGAAUUUGGAUUUCGACACGCCGGAGGGCUACGUGGAGCAGCCGAAGGCGGCGACGACGGCGCCGGCGGUGAGCGCGAAGCCGCCAGCGCCGCCGGCGUCGGCGUUCACCGGCGUCGGGCAGACGGUGGCCGGCGGGCAGACGAUACGCGGCAAGCGGCUCGACAGCUCGCGAGCGUCGGAAUCGGACGCCAAAAAGAAGACGAUGUCGACGAGCUCGUCGGACGCCGCGAUGGCGUCGUCGGAAGCGGCUGGCGGCGCCGCCGAUGGCGGCGAACUGCCGGCGCUUCCGCCGGUCCUGGUCAACGAGGAUUAUCGCGCCGGACGAUUGUCGUUCGUUCGCUACGACUACAAGCGGCUCGACGUGCUCCAGAAGGAGAUUCGCGAGCGCGAGCAGCAGGAGAAGCUCAAAUCGACGAAUAUUUAUAAGGGAGCGAGUCAGACGUUGAGAUCGUGCCGUUGA